CCUGCCGCUUCCCUCCGUCUCUCUCCUGCUUGCCAGCGUCGGUGGCCGCCUCUUUCUCAGGGAAGAAGGAAACGAGAAUGGCGGAUGCGAAGGCGGUCACGAUCCGGACCAGGAAGUUUAUGACCAAUCGUCUCCUCUCCAGGAAGCAAUUCGUCAUUGAUGUGCUUCACCCGGGAAGAGCCAAUGUCUCGAAGGCGGAACUGAAGGAGAAGCUGGCGAAUCUAUACGAGGUGAGGGAUCUGAACACGAUCUUCGUGUUUAAGUUCAGAACGCACUUCGGAGGAGGGAAGUCGACCGGAUUUGGCUUGAUCUAUGAUUCGGUGGAGAAUGCAAAGAAGUAUGAGCCCAAGUACCGGCUCAUCAGGAAUGGGCUUGCUACAAAGGUUGAGAAAUCAAGAAAACAGAUGAAAGAAAGGAAGAACAGGGCAAAGAAAGUUCGCGGAGUCAAGAAGACAAAGGCCGGCGAUGCUGCGAAGGCAGGAAAGAAGAAAUGAAGCAGCUCCUCCAUAUUUCAGACUUAUCGUUCACUUCAAUUUUUGGCUUGGGAUAGCAAAUGGACAUUCAUUACGUGCUCUACAUUUAUGUUCUCUUAAAUUAGAGUUGUGAGAUUUUUCUCCAAAGGUCUGGACUUCAGAAACAUGACAAGUUCUGUGCUUUCUUAGGAUGUUCCUGUUCAUCAUCAGUUCCUUGUCAUCAGGCUUGCAGCACCAUGUCCAUGGGCAUAAUUUAAAUUUGGGAGUUUUGAUUAUAUCCUGUUCUUCCUUGGGUAGGCUUGAUUGAUAAACUGGUGGUGAUAUGUAUUGAGUUUUCAUGAUUUUUCCGGUCUGUUGAAAGAUCAAAGACUUGUAGCAUACUGUGGUUAUCAAAAAAUUGUAAAAUGAAGACAUCAAAACUCAUUGUUUGUAA